GGGAUCCUCGCUUCGGCCGCCGCCUGCACUCAGCACUGUAGUAAGCUAAAUAUUCCCAGCUGCUAGAUGGAGACGCGUGGAUGACCUCUGGAUAACCUGCUACCCAUGACCCAUAUUCCCCGAGGAAGGCUGUUUGCAGCGUGACUCACCACUGGCUGUACUGUAACAGUGUAACCCUAGAGCUCGUUUUCUCCGAGUCAACUCCCGACAUCGUAAGCCGAGCUAUUUCACCUCAAUAUCUACCAGACCUGCCAGUGUCCGAGUCGUAGACGUUGGCACGGUCGGUUCGUUGAUGCUUCUCGAAGGACCCCCAGCAGUAGGGAGACAUCGAGCGUGAAAUUAUGUUCUCACUGGACGUUCUCGGAGGUAUCCUCGCCGCCGCGUCGCUCGGAUAUGCCGCUCACUAUGCCGUGUUCAAACCGUAUGAAUCUCUGGCCAGAAACCCGGGAUGGCUGGCCACUCUCUUGCUACUCGUGCCAGCGCUGCCCGCAGCCAUGCUCCGAGUCCCGACAGGCUCGACUCUGCUAGCCUUGCUGGUAGCGUAUUGCACAUAUUACUCUUCAAUUCUGCUUGCUACUGCUGCAUACCGCCUGUCGUCAACACAUCCCCUAGCGAUCUACCCCGGGCCUUUGCUGUGCAGAAUGACGAAGUUAUGGAUGGUGUACCAGGCAAAUACCGGGAAAUCACACGAAUUCAUACGGAGUCUACACGCCACAUAUGGUCCUGUCGUUCGCAUCGGUCCCAACGAGCUCUCGGUAGUAGAUGUAGAUCUGCUACCCCGUAUCUUGGGCCCGGAAGGCAUGCCCAAAGGACCUCUAUGGGAGGGUCGUCGGAUCUCGGGUAAGAGAGGUGCGGGCGCGAAGAACAACCGCGGGAACCUCAUCGGGAACCGCUACAAGGACCGUCACGCAGAAGCUCGCAAGACAUGGAACCGCGCAUUCGCGCCUGCCGCUAUGAAAGACUACGAACCUAUUCUCAUCCGGAGAGUCGCACAGCUGGUAGACGAGUUGAAGCACAAGGGCACGGCAGCGCCGGUUGACCUGUCACUAUGGUUGAGUUACUGCAUCUUUGACUUCAUGGGCGAUAUGGUUUUCGGAGGUGGAUUUGAGCUCAUGCACGAAGGAGAUCGAGACGGCAUCUACCGUACAAUGGUCGCGGGUCUACAUCUGCCAGCUCUGACACAGCAAGUCCCGUGGGUAGCACCAGCGCUACCGUACGUGCCCUGGAUUGGCAAGCAUAUGAAGGCUCUUGGUCAAUUUGCAUUUAAAUGUAUCACCAAACGAUUACAGGAGGGUUCCGUCACAAACGAUCUCUUCUAUCAUCUUCUUGACGAGGUGCCAAAUCCGGAGAAGCAGACACCGUUCCCGGUCAUCAUGACCAACGCAGUCACGGCGAUGCUUGCAGGGUCUGACACGACCGCAGUUGCCCUGUGCAAUGCCUUCUACUGUGUGCUCGCCCAUCCGGACGUCUACCAGCGUCUCCGUGGGGAGAUCGACGCCGCAUUUCUACCCAGCGCCGGCGAGCCCGUCGACGCGGCGAAGCUCGCGAGCCUUGUGUACCUUAACGCCGUAAUUAACGAGACGCUCCGCCUUUACCCGUCUAUCCCGACUUCCCUGCAGCGCGCGCCCCAACCUGGCACAGGCACGCACCAGAUCAGCCCUACCUUCGUCAUCGACGAGCGCACGUCUAUCCUCAUCCCGCCAUACGUCCUUCACAGAGAUCCACGCUACUUCUCUCCUGAUCCCGACCGGUUCUGGCCCGAGCGCUGGCUCCACAGGGACGAUCCUACCGUCGUUACGAACGCGAGCGCGUUCAUUCCCUUCUCGAGUGGCGCGCCGAACUGCGUGGGGCGACCCGUCGCCUUACUGUCGAUGCGCAUGGUGCUCGCGUGGAUGGUGCGGAGCUUUGAGAUGAGCCUGGCGGAGGGGUAUGAUGUGAAGCAGUGGGAGAAGGAUUUGAAGGACUACUUCGCGUUUCAGAAGGGUGAGCUGCCGGUGGUGUUGCGACCACGUUUCUAGUCUCUGUCGGAAUAUUGAUGGACGCUCCGACGACUGGGGCACAAUGGCGGCUUUACAUAUAAUUGCGUUUUCAACGGUUGCGCAACAGAAGGCAGUUAACGGACAACGUCGCAGAUGACCCUCCAGGACAAUAUGAUUCUGAACGCAUCCUCCUGGUCCCUCCAGGCCCGUCUCUUAAGCUUGAAUGCGAGCAUAUCGUUGAUUUCCUGUAUACGUAGCAUGUCAUUGUAUAAUACAGUCAUGUAUACACUAAAGUAGCUAAGUCAGUGA